AUGCCGAAACCCUAAAAUGUCCACAUGCAUGUCCAUGACACUCUAGAGCCUGCCCUAAAUUAGUAACCCUCGCACUAUAAAUUGCGAACUCCUCUCUCUCGUUCUUUGCCAAUUCCCACGUUUCCUCUCUAGCCUCUAGGUAUACAAAAACUUCUUCGUUCCAACUCAGAAUUUGUUUCCAAUUCCAUCCAUGGCUUCUUUCCUUCCCAAUUUGCUCCUACUCUUCUCUUGCUUUUCCCUUCUCAUUUUCACGUCUGUGGCGACAGUAAAAACCCGACCCCAAAUCCCCAUCAAGCCGAAUAAGCUUGUCCUCAAGGUGCAGAAAGAUGGGGCAACCAAUCUUCAUGUGGCCCAAAUUUACAAAAGAAACCCUCCAGUCCAAUUCCCCUUUGUGGUUGACUUAAAUGGAAGGUUCUUAUCAGUCAAUUGUGAGAACCAGUACUUGUCAUCGGGCUACAAUGCUCCGGUUUGCCACUCAACACAGUGUGCUAGAGCCAAUCCUAAUAGCCAGAUGACAUGCCGCACAUGCAGCUCAUCUAGAACCCCACUAGGGUGCCACUCCAACGCGUGUGGGCUCAUGACCACAAACCCUGUGACUCGCCAAAGUGCUAUGGGUGAGCUUGCUCAAGAUGUCCUCUCAAUCCCAUCAACCCAAGGCUCAAGCCCUGGCCCAAUGGUCCAAGUUCCUCAAUUCCUCUUUGCAUGUGCACCUUCAAAUAUUAUGCAAAAAGGCCUACCCAAAAAUGUUCAAGGUUUUGCUGGCCUAGGCCACUCCCCAAUUUCCCUACCCUACCAACUAGCCUCCCACUUCGGCUUUCCAGCAAAAUUUGCCGUGUGCCUCCCUUCUGCACAUGGCCAGAAUGGCGUCAUUUUCUUCGGGGAAGGACCCUAUCUCAUGAACCGGGGCAUCGACGUGUCGCGCAAGUUGACCUACACCCCACUGACCAUAGGCAGGCAAGGAGAGUACUACAUAAACGUUCAAUCCAUCAAAAUCAACAACAAGGUGGUUCCACUCAACACAUCUCUCUUGCCCUACUCACCAAAACGAGGGGUUGGUGGGACAAUGAUCAGCACCACAGCUCCCUACACAAUCCUCCAAACUUCAAUCUUUAGGGCACUCACUCAGCUCUUCAUCAAUCAGCUCCAAGGGGUGCCCCAAGUGAAACCCGUGGCGCCAUUCGGGGUGUGUUUCGAUGCCAAGAGAUUCGCCAGCAACAAGGCAGCGCUUACGGUUUCUAGCAUAGACCUUGUUCUAGACAACAACCGGAACAUCUGGAGGCUGUAUGGUCAUAACGUUAUCGUUCAGCCAAGUCCCAACGUGGCGUGUCUAGGGUUUGUGGACGGUGGGUUGAGGCCUCAGGCUUCGAUCGUGAUCGGAGCACUCCAGUUGGAGGAUAAUCUGCUGCAGUUUGAUUUGACGAACUCAAGGUUGGGAUUUAGCUCUUCGUUGUUGUCCCGCAGGACUAGUUGUUCCAGCUUCAACUUUGGCAAAUCCUCCACUGGUGCUGAAGAAUCUACUGAAUCCACCGAUGAGCCAUAAAUUGUGAUCUCCCUUGUGAGACGUGAUACGUGAGGGUGUUUGUGUAUGUUGAUCAAAUAAAGUCUAUGUAAAAUGUGAAGCUUUGUGCUUUGGUGUACGUAGUCUCUUCUAUAUCAAGGGACUGGAUAAAUAAAACUUUGUUAAUUAUUUGUU